AUGUUAUGUAUCGCGCCCGCUUUGCUAGUCUUAGUUCUUCAACUUGUUAUCAGCCCAUCCUACAGGAAAGGUGUCCUUGUGUUGUCCGUGUUCGCGGCUUUGGAUCUAUUCGAUGGAAUUGAAAUGCUGGAAAUUGUCCUGAUGCAAAACGAAAGGGAAGAUUUUAAUCUAGACGACACUGUUGAAAAAUCGAUCAUUGUCUUCGCAUGUUUAAGCUUUGUAGUCACUUCCCUUGGUUUAGCCAGGAAUAAAUUCGAUGGUGAUGACACUGUCGAAGAAAGGGGUAAUCCCAUAGCUGUUGGCUUUGGGUUAUUUGAGAUUUUGCUAACCAACGUGCCGUUUCUGGGCCUGCGAAUUUAUGUUUGGGACCAUUAUGGUUACGAAGCGUCGAUAUUCAUCGCGAAGAAUAUAGUUUCAUUGGUUGUUGGUUUGGUAGAGUUUGGUAUCGCUUGUAAAUGUUGCAUUUGUGAAUGA